GUGACCCGGAAGUGUUUUUCUAAUGUUGCUUCCAAGACGCGCUGUGAAGUAUAUGAUAGAAUGGUUCGAUUAAAAUCCAGAUAUUUGCUUUGUGAAGUUUGCGUAUCAGAUCAGAAAAAUCUGUUACUUUUAGAUGACCGAUCCAUCUACAAUGCUGCCAAAGCGGCAGUGUCUCGGGUCCAUGGUGACUAUGGCUUUGCACUCACCAGCAUCGGAUUCUCAGUAAAAUAUCUCAAUGCCCACACUGGAAUUGUGUUCCUGCGCUGUCGGAAGAGCCACUACAGACUUAUCUGGUCUGCUUUGCCGUUCAUCACCAGUCUCGAAAACCGUGGGCAACGAGUGCCAUGUUUUCUCAACUGUUUGCAUGUCGGGGGAACGAUCCGAACAUGUCAGAACUUUCUGGUCCGAUACAAUACACAGCAGCUCCAUCGGAUGCUCCUCCUCUGUCAGAGUGAAGAAGAAAGAUCAGAGAUACGCAAGGCAGUACUGAGCUGCACAUUAAUGAAGGACACAAAUGUUGACUAUGAAGAGAGUGAAGAAGAGGAUUAGUGAGUGACACCAGACUGAUUGUGUUGCUGCUUGCAAUGAAUCUCCUCUGUAAAUUUGUCACACGUCUGUAAAUUACAGCCUUGUGACAGACACUACAGGUAGUUCUGUCACAGGGCUUAAUGGGAUAGAGCCUGAUAUUUCAAUGCAGCUGUUGAAUUGGGAAUGCAGCUCAGUUGGGAGCUGUACACAUCUGUUCUACAUCAAUUGCUUUGCUAUUUCAGUUACGUUUGUAAUAAUACUUAAUGUUACUUCUCUUUGGUAUUUUUGGAAUGCCAAAAAUAAAAAGGUAUUCUAGUAAUCCAACCAUU